AUGACGGACGCCGACCUGCAGGAAAGACAGCGGAAGAAGGGUCUUCUAUGCUUCAUCCCGGCUGCAAUGUUUGCCUUUGGAGGCUUCGUAAUGAUGGUCGCGGGCAUCGCCAUCAUUCUUCUUGUAAAUCCCGAUCAUUCGGAUUGGCGGUAAGAUAGCAACGGCAGUUGACCUUUUUCUCUCAAUGAAACCAACCAAAAGCAUUACCGACAGAGACUAGGCAGAUGGUCUGUCUUGUCAGUAAUGCCAUUCUCUCUACAUUGUAACGAACCGCAAUGUCAAUACGAAGGCGGCCCAAGGAAAGCAGGACUCUAGCAAUUACUAUGUACGAUGAGAAACUAAUGGGGGGUGCUAAUUCCAGAAAAUAAACUAGGGCAAGACGUGAUUGUCCAGGGGCGGUUGGCGGAGAGCACAGGGAUCCGGCGAAGACGGCAUCGGAGGUCCCACGUCCGAAGGUCGGCGGCCUGCCACGGGGUUGUCGAGAGUGACUUCCCGCCAGUACUUACGGCUUUUCCAAGCGUCAAGGUUGAGUCCGCCACUGAUGAUUGGUUGGGCGUAGUUUUGUUUCGAAAAGUUGAACAAAAUUAAGCUAGGACUAAUUCCAUUAAUUUAUAGUUAUAUAAAUUUAUUAUAUGUGAACUUUUUUUAAGAAGUGCCUGUCGUAUAAAUACGGGAAAGUUUGGCGCGCGCGCGUCCCCAUAGAGGUUAGGGGCGCGUCUUGUCUGUGCUUCUACAAUAUUGCAGCGCAUAGGCUGGCUUUCUAGAACUUUCUAGAACAUAUACUACUAACCGCGGUGCGACUGCUGGGAGGCUCGAGGUUGAAUGCUAAGGCACGACGAGGGAGGAGCGUGUCCCAUUUCGCAAUGAGCGAGCGCUCCACUACCAAAAGCCAUAUUUUGAGGGCUCCUGUAAGGCCUUCGUUUAAAAUUUUAGAAUAGGGAAGCAAAAAAUCUAAUUUUUCCUAAAUGGCUGCCUUCGAAAGUGUACGGUUUGCUAAUUAACCCGACUGCUGAUUAGAUUUCGUAAUCCAAGUGGGCAAUACGGGCAGAAAUUAGCGUCGGUAAAUUUCCCCACCUCCUCCUAUUUCGAUUGUGACAUUAAUCAUGGCAGUAUUGUAAAUGUUUGCUUCAAAUCUCAUAGUGAAUUAAUGACAAAGUCGCGAGAACCAAUCAAAUGAAGGCCCUGGCUUCGUUGAAUUGAGAUCGGAGUUGCUAGUUGAAUUUUCCCAGUAGGCAAUAAAGUCAUUAGGAGAAAAAGCUUAUCUUCAAUUAUCCCAUUAGCAAAAGAUGCAGAGAUAGAAAUAGCUGCAAGAAAAGCAAGUUUUGUUCGACACCUUUAAGGAGCUAUUAGGUGGACAUAGAGUUUGGCAAAACAACCAUUCGUAAACGGCUGGGGACAUUUUCUCAUUUGCGCAGUCCCCUUUAAUGCAGGUUCAAGUUUCAGAAAAAAACCCCGGAAAUGGCCAUUAUUAACGUAUGCGCAAAGGGGUAGAAUUUCCAGUGUAAUCGUCAUUUUUAGUGAAUUGGCAUCUAGCUUCCUGUUUCGGGUUUACCCUGGAAAAAAGUUACUUCUCCCAUAUGAAAUCUCGGCCAUCAGCUAAUUUUAUAUACUUAUUUCGAAUAAGUGAACUUUGUAGGAAAGCGUUUAAUUGUACUUUCUUUUGAAGAAAAUGACAGCUUCCUGAAAUUUCGACUUAAAAUCUAGAAGUUAUCUAGAUAUAAUAAUUUUAAUGAAUUUUAUUCUUUUCAAGACGUGGUAGGUGCAUUUACCAUGCCUUACUGCCUUCACGUUACUUGGAAUGCAUUUUGGACCAAUUUAAAUGUCUGUUGACCUGAUCUAAGGCGCCUGUUGACACCCGGUGUCAGUCAGUCUACCGAAGACGAUAGAAAUUUCAUUAAUCCUCUAAGUGUGGACAGUUAACCUAUCGCAGCCAUCAGGAAUCAGCGAAAAGAUACACAAUGCAAUUUAGGCUCUUUAUGUUGAGGGACUUUUCACCGAAAUCAUCCCGCCAAGGGCAAAAAAGUCACCUUAUAUUAUGCUCCUCAUCUAUAGGUAUUGCAGCCCGACUUGCGCAGUCUGUUCCUUUUGGGGGCAUAUUUGCAAAUGUCAGCCCGUAUCAGAGGUGUACAAGACGGAGACAGCGACUUUUACAUUUCAUUUCCGCAGGCUCCGGCUAGCUGGUACAUGAUCACCCGAUAAGUGGUCAUUGUUUUCUUUCGAACACCAGUCGGUUGCCUUUGCACAAACUGCCACACACUCUAUAAUCUAUAUCCACUCAAAUGCCCGGAUCAUUCGACUGUCCAGCGAUAUUGUCGGUAUCGUUUCCACUAAAGGGCGGUUAUGGGUCCUUAGAAGCGAAGAGACGAGCCUCAGGAAACAGUCGUGAAGAAGGAGACACGAUCGCUGUGACAAGAGCUUUAUUAGCCUGAUGUUUCGGAUUCCUGCUCGAACUCAUCAUCAGAGACAAAAGCAGAUACGGAUGGUUCAUGCACAAGAAGCUGCAGUAUUUAUAGGACGCAGUCGCCAUGCUACCGCAUACCUAUGAGUAUUCACGGCUUUCCACACCCCCCCCCGCUUUAUCAGGGAUCGUUGCACUUGGUGUGCUGACUGUUUGAUGGCCGACAUUCGCGUCGUUAGUUGCUGAAAUUUCAUCACGCGCGUUGGAUGUUGGUGUGAUGAUUGCUCGACCAUCUGACCCACCGACCCUGGCGUUGGGAAAAGUGUUCACCUGUGCGCGCCCCACGUGGCUCAUUACUCCGUCUAGGCGAAGUCUCAGCACCGAGUAUGGAAGGGGAAGGUCAUUGCACUUGUUGAUGGACUGGGGGCCAGUGAACCAUGACUCAUGCAGAUAGCGGCUCAAGCGGUUUUCGCCUCUAAUGAGAAUUCGGCUUCGUCAAAUUUGAAUGUGUGGCCGGAUCUCGUCGAAUGAGUCGCACCUUGAUAGCUGGCGUCAUUUCUCCGUACCGUUGAAGCGUGUUCGGUCAUUCGCGUUCGGAGCUGUCUUCCGGUUUCUCCGACGCAGUUACUUUGUUCGCAACUGCACCAGAUCCGAUAAACGACUCCAGACAUUUCUAGCCGUGGCAGCGUGUCUUUCGGUUUCAGCAACUGACGCCUGAUGGUUGCCUCCGGUCUUGUCCCAGCGAUCGUGUCUCCUUCUUUUAGACUGCUUUCUGGGACUCGUCUCUUCGCUUCUAUUGACAGUCUAACUGUUGUGUCAGCUAUGGAUCCACCAGGGGAUGCAUCACAUGCUAGGCGUGGUAGCGGCAACCAGUCCAUACACUGCGCACACUCCCAAGGUCCCGAGCCCUUGGCCAGGCCUUAUGGAUGGAACGCAAUGGCUGUCAGAUGACUAGGUGAGACCGGCGCUGCGCAAGUCUCCCUUAUUUUAGACAGGCUGUUGCUGCCCUAGAAGCCAGUACAUCCAACCACGACGCCAGAUGACCAGCUGGCUUGGAAGAUCAACAGGUGGAUGGUAGAUGACAAAAGCGAGGGAGAGAGAGAAGGUCUACCCUGAGGAGUCCAAACCUACGGCGUUACAGCGCAUUCCUCGCCAUAAUAAUUCCCAAGGACUUUGAAAUUAUCAGGAUGCGCCAAAUGUCAUUGCGUGUGUUUGCCCCCUAAAACGUGCCACGCGGUAGAUGCAAUGGGCCAACACGGGAGCUAGAUUGGAAUCCGGUAGGCGUUAUCAGGAACGCGCACCUGUCACAAAUGUCAACAUCCUGGGUGUGGUGGCACGCCCAUUCGCGGGCUCAUGUCGCGCCAGUUGGGAUCCGUGUCGCACACCAUUAUCUUGUAUGUAUGACCAGCGGUUGUGCUGGGUUUUUGCCGUGCCAACCACCUGAGUCCUCUCCCGCCCCCGGUUUUCUUGACUCUGUCUUGACAUCGAAUCCAGGUGAGGUAGUAGGAGAAAGUGCGGUAGAUGCUACGCAUGUCACUUUCCCCGUGCUCACUUUGCCGUGGAGCUUACGGUGGACAGCGGCGAUCGAUUUGUCGUCUGCGUGCAGGCUUCCAUUCUUCGCAACAGACGACUCGGACAGCGACUGGAGUCUGGUAUUGGGAAGGGAGAGUGAGGUCGACGACUCGGUGCAUUCGCCUCACUAUAAACAAUCUGACGGGCUUGAAGCUAUUGCUGUGCACUAAAAGCCGUGGCUUGGAAGGUUGCCAACUGACGAGGUAACUAGGAACUCGCGGUCGAUCCAGUGUUGUGUGUUUGUGUGAAAUGACCGACUGUUGGUCUGAGAGUCGGACCGCAGUGGCUCCUUUAUCGCACUGCCGCGUAAUGGAGUCCAGACACGCGCAUCCAGAUGACAGUUUCUGCUGGCCCGGCUCGCCGAAAAAUCGUGCUGUGUUGCAAGGAGGCCGGAUCAGUAACCCCGAUCAACGCUAAAUCCCACAGGAAGGAGAUUCUAGACAAGGUCUCUGCAAGUCGAACAACCCGCUAUAGUCCAUUUGUUUGUUUCAGACCAAACAGUUACAGACUAAUAGUUGUCGCUUGAGUCAGUACAUGGACGACCGCAUUGCCGAAUGCACCGACAAACUGAGCCGUCGUAUUUCGGCUGUUGUCCGCACGCUUCGGAUCGAACUCAAACAGAAAUCCUAACGAAGCAAACAUCUAACAAUUUAUCUUUGGAGGACUAGGACAUGAAGGUCAGGCCAGUGCUCCUUAGGACUCUAGAGUGGGUCAAGCAUAGCACUCGGCCACGGUUUUCUGGACCGAACAAUGGGACAAAUAUUGGGAUGAUGAUGUUGUUGUUGCUGUUGAUGAUGAUGAUGAUGAUGAUGAUGAUGAUGAUGAUGAUGAGGAUGAUGAUGAUGAUGAUGAUGAUGAUGAUGAUGAUGAUGAUGAUGAUGAUGAUGAUGAUGAUGAUGAUGAUGAUGAUGAUGAUGAUGAUGAUGAUGAUGAUGAUGAUGAUGAUGAUGAUGAUGAUGAUGAUGAUGAUGAUGAUGAUGAUGAUGAUGAUGAUGAUGAUGAUGAUGAUGAUGAUGAUGAUGAUGAUGAUGAUGACGGUGUGACGACAGCGGUGCUGUUGCGGAAAGACAGUUUUGUUGGAAGUGCGAACAAGUAG